AUGGCCUCCGGAACAAACUUAAAUCAUACCUCCGAAUAUUCGGCCGCCCAUCACAUUAAUCAGCCACCCAGCAUAGGUUCUCCAACUGUCGCUUCGAAACGGAGAACCAAGGAGUCGUUGCCCAAAUCGCACUCGCCAAAGUGUCCAAAGUUGGACGGUUCCAGCCGAGCAGACGAAGCAGCCAGCACGACUUCCAUUGGCUUUUGGCUCGCAAUUGACUUCGUGACUCGCCGCGCUGGGCAAUCAGACACCGUCGCACUAAACAGGUUGCCUCUUCUUCGUAUGGACGCGGCACUCGGGAGCGUUACUCAAAGACGGUGUCUGCGUCGUUGGUCCUUCGUGAUCGGUGACGCCACAUACUCCUCGGCGGAAACUGAACAGCAAAUCGGUGACGCUCGAAACUGCGAAGCCUCUACGUCUUUCAAAGCACAUUCUUUGGUAGAUGCAGACCUCCGCUAUGUCACUUAUCACAACAAGAAUCUAAGGGAUUGCAUGGUGCAAUUGGCAGCAUUCGUAGACGACGCUGUGGAGAGACAUUCGGCAAACGAACCCAUCAGCCAGUGUUCCCGUCACGAUGAGGUCGUUUUGAUAACCUCUGGUCAUUUUGAUAUACGAAACGUCUUCCACAGGGAAAUCGUUUCUCAGAAGGUACCAAAAGCGGUCGCAAGUACACCACUCUGGUGGUCUUAUAUUGAAGUUGAGAGACUGGCUUCCACUGUGCACUCAAAUCAGAUACAGCUAUCUAGGGAGGGAGAUGAACCUGAACCUGCGUUUCCUGUUAUUCAGCCACUUGCGGAAAAUGCCGGCAUCCCCGAACUUCCGGUUGAAACCAUCAACAAACUGGUACUGGAAUAUCUUCAGGAAGGCUUACCACUUCCGACGCCGCAGCUUAUAAGCAAGUCGUACUAUCCCACGGUUAUAACUGCCGACACCGGGGUGGCCCCUGAAAGUGUCGUUGAAGUUCGCCAUCUCCCGUGGACGGCCACACCAGCCGCUAUUGCCGCCUUCUUCCGAGGAUGCAAUAUUAUGCCCGGUGGAAUCGCCAUUAAAGUAAUCGACGGCCGACGAAGCAACACAGGCUUCGUCUGCUUCCAGACUCCUUUGGAUGCACGCCUAGCAUGUGCUCGUGACCAACUGCCCAUUUCGCUCUCCCCACAAUCAUCACCACUACCAACCCACUUGCCUUCAAGUGAACAAUCGGGUGAAAUCGAAAACUUGGGCGAGGCAGGCGAUGGGGUUAGGACUACUCCCUACUCGAGUGGCCCGCAUGCGUUACUCCAGGUUCUGCCCUCCACCGAGCGCCUUUUCCUCGAUCAUGCAAAAUGUAAGAAAAUACGGGUCUAG